AAAAAAUCAAGACUUUGCGAAAUUUCCAUUUUACUCUGGAAUCUUGAGAGGGUCGAAGACAGAGUUAACUAGUGAGAUUCAACAUUGUUGGUGGUGGUACCAUGGGUGGGGUUAUGCAGAAGUUCCUAGUUGCAUCAAUGUUCAUGUGGAUUCUUCCUGUUGCCAUAUUAUACGGAUUCAACAAUGAUUUGCUUCCUGGUUCAACGACAUUGUCUCCACAUUCUCUAACACUACUGAGUGGAUUUCUUGCUGUGGUAUCAGUCAAUGUAGUGAUUGUCUUCUACAUCUGCCUGGCCCUGAAAGAACCUACAGAUAAACACAAGCCAGACGCAUCGUUUGUCGCAGAUGCCAAAGAUAGUGUGAAGAAAUUGACAUCAGGAGUCCCAAGUACUGACCCGGCACUCAAGAAACAAGAGUAAGAGCUAAGCAAAUCCCAUUUUCUUGAAGACAAGGAACAGUGCCAAGAUUGCAUCAAAUGGAGCAGAGCUCAAGUUCGUGCAAUGUAUUGUUAUAAUUGUAGAAAUUCUUGCCUGGUAGACCAUCCUCUGUUGGGACAUUUGAGGGGUUUGGUGUUGUUUGAGCAACGGAAAGAACGAUGUUCAUGUUGAACAGAGACAAGAGCUAAUGUUUUAAGGAUAAAACUCCCAAAACCAAAUGUAUGUUUGGUGCUGCUCCUUCAUUUCAAGGACGCUAAG